GCAGCCUCGGCCCGGCUCAGGGAGCUCGGAGCGAUGGAAGCGAGUCCCAUCGUGACGUCCAAGCAGCGAGAGGAGGUGGUACACGGGGUCCCGACGGAGGUGGUGUGUACAGCGUUCUCCAACUCGGUCCUCGUGGUAGUCACACAGUACGGCAAAAUGGGAACAAUCGUUUAUGUGGACCCCAACACAAUCGCUGACAACGUGGGCAGGCCCUCCCUCACCACAAAGGUGCUCCUGGGCAAGGAUGAGCCCCUGGUUCAUGUUUGUGCCAGAAACCUGGUGGCGUUUGUCUCUCAGGAAGCUGGGAACAAACCUGUUCUUCUCGCCAUGGCUUUGAAAGACAAGACCAUGGAAGGAAUACAGGCUCUACGGGAAGUGAUCCGAAGUUGCCAAGUGUGGUGAAGUUGUGCCAUCUGGAUUCAAGGAAAUGAUCUUGAGUCCAUGACUCAUCACCACUUAUUUGAAAGGACCCAAAAUGAAAAUGAUGGAAUGCCUUUGUGCUGGUUUUGGAUGUACUGAGGAAUGUCAUGAAUUUUUCUCUGCUGUGUAGAACAUUUGUGGGUUUUGUUACCAUGGCAGGUUUGCAGUCCAUAUAGUCAGUGAUGAGACGAGAACAAUUGUCUCAACAUGCAAGAGCAGGAGUAUUUUUACCACAUUGGGUGGGAUGUAUGUUUGGGAAAUGGCCUGGCUCUGCAUUUGUGUCCUGAGGAGCAACAGAUGCCAAGCUCUGUAACUGAGCUGUACCGCAAAGGGGGAACACCCAGUGCAGGAGAAUAAAAGAA